GUUUGUUAAAAGGACAUGGCUUUCUCUUUUGUACUCACAUACUAUAAGUAGCAUCUCUCUCAUUGUUGUAACUGAAUGAAUAAUACACAUUCUUUCCUCAUCUUCACUGCUCUGUUCUCUCUCUCUCUCUCUCUCUCUCUCUCUCUCUCUCUCUCUCUCUCUCUUAUUCUGUUUUUGUUCCUUCGAGCUAAUAUCGAAAAAAAAUAAUAAUACAAAAAAUUUACAGAAAGUUCACUUUCACAAUUUCCUCAGCUCAUUAAUGCGACGACCAUUGAGGAAAUCAUUCGAUUCCCAAUCCCAAACACUUCCACCGCUAAGCUUUUCCAGCUAUGGAUCAUUUUGGUGAACAUAUGGAGUUGCUAAAACUCUCCAAAUUCAAGCUCCAGCUCGGAACUCUCAUCUCUGAAUUUCGAGAAGUCCGAGAACGGGAACGUUCGGCGACGGAGCACCUUCAUCAUCGAAUUCAGAAACAAAAGCAAAAUGAAGAAGAUUUCGCUAGGAAGAUUCAGGAAUUGCAAGCUGAAUUAUCUUCCUCUAAUGAACAUCGCCAGAAGCUUGAGAGAAAGGUAAAUUAUCUUCAAAAUGACAAUGUGUUGCUCGAAAACAAGCAAAAAGAGUUGCAGGAAACCAUACACAACCUAAGCCAAUCAAAGGAAUGUUUUGUGAAUGCGUAUGAGGAAUCUACUUGUGAUAUGAAGCGCGCAAUUCAAAUAAGGGAUAGGAAGCUUGGCGUCCUAUCUGAAAAAGUAAAGUCUCAUUUAUUGUUAUUUGAUUCUAUAGAGAAAGAGGCAGUUUCCGUCAAGCAAGUUGUCGAUAAUGUGCAACACAUGAUGAGUGAAAAAGAAGAUCUAGUGGCUGACUUGAACAACAAACUGGAUAAAGUCUCUGCAUUCGAGAAAGUGUUUGUUGAAAGGAUUGUUGACUUGGAAGAAAAACUGAAAUGUGAAGAAUAUGAGAUACAAAGAAAGAAUAGAGUAAUCUCGGAGCUUGAAGCACAGGUUGAGGCAGCAAAAGUUAGUACUGCCUGUCAAACUCAGAUAGAUGAGCUUCAGAAAAUUCUUUCAUCAAAGGACGUAGUCAUUGAGAAUCUAAUUUCAGAAAAAGAGGUUUGGAUAUUUGGUUCUCAGUCACUUAUUUAUGCUUUUAUGUGUCAAUUACCUUUCAAACAUUUCUUGAAAAAUUGGUUUCAGGCACUGCACUCUGAACUUCAGAGUUUGGGUAUUGUCAUAAAGAGUAUUCAGGGCAAUCUCAAAAAUAUUAAUGAAGAGGAUAAAGACAGGUUCGCCUCAAUACUUGAAUACCAAGAAGGAAGCAUCAUGGCUUUGACAACUGGUAACAGGAUUGAUAAUGUUAACGGAAACAGCACAGGAAGAUGCUCAAACAAGGAUUACAUGAUUGGGGCUGCAGCAUGUACAGAUUCAUCUCUAUCUCCAAAGUCUGUUGGCACACACUUACUGGAAAGCAUUAGCGUGGAUUCGUGUGUGUCAAAGCUUCCUCAGAGCCUCAAUCAGUAAUUAAUGCUCCAUGCAUUUCUGCAAAUGAGGAGAAUGUAGGAGAGAAGCCAUUUUUUCCUACCUUGGCUACAUGAGUUCAUUUUAACAAAUUUUUUUCUUCAAAUAUUUUGUGUCAUUAAUAUUUUGAUUUAGUUUCUGAAGUAAGGUUGCAUUUUGAAAUUACUCUAGAAAAAAUUUCUCUGUAAUAUCUAUCAGAAUUUUGGCCUUAAUUUGGCUUUAUUUAGGUUGAUGCCUUGAAAUAGUAAUAUGCACGGACAAAAAUUUAUAAUCAA